AUGCGUGCCCCCCUCCGUUCUCCUCUCCUUCUCGUCCCCGCGCUCGCCGCCGUCGCCGUCUCGGUAGCGGCCGGCCCAUCCUACUCUGAUUCCCGGGCGAUUGACAUUCUGCCGGCACCCUCAGAACGCCUCCUCAUACCUCGGGACGGAGAUCACGGACAUGGCGGCCACAACCAUAAUGUGCAACCUCUCACCGUGCUGAACGAGACGGAGGUCGAGAUGUACCACGGGCCCACACCACCUUCGUAUUUCUGGCUGGACAUUAAGGAGCCGCCCGCGGACGAGAAGCGCUAUCCGGGCUUCAUGGGUCUACACGCGUUGUGCAUGUCCCUCGCGUUCUUCGGGGCUCUUCCAAUAGGCAUCGCGCUCCGGUCUGUGAAGCACGCGUGGCACGGGCUGACGGUGGUCGUGUUCUACACACUCGUCGUGCUGGGGCUGUCCACAAGUGCACUCUACCGCAAAUUGACGCCAGACCUGUCCGUACUUUUCGGCGCUCCGUACGAAGGCAGCAAACACGGCAAACACGGCUACUUCUUCCUCGCCUGCGCCGUUGCGCUCUCUGCGCUCGACGUCGUCGCCCAGGUCCUCCGCCUCGUCGCGUAUGUGCGCGCCAUCCGCGCGGGCGAGGACCGGUUCUCGUUCAGGACGCUCUGGAACGUCGUCAUACUCGACCGCGACGAGCACCCCGCCGGCGCGGAGGCCGAGUACACCAACCUCGUCGUCGACGACCCCGAGGAGCUCGAGGACGCCGAGCUGAAGGCGAAGGACAUCGAGGAAGAGUCAAUACCCGUAAGACAUGCUCGUGUUGUUGCGCCGAUCAGGACCGACCUCGACAUGCAUCAACAGGACGACCACGACUCCGACGAGACCGCGCAGUGGGCGAACGACGUCCGCCGCCAUCGUCGCCACCACUCGUACACUCACUCAGCGGCGUCCGAGCGCACGCUAUUUGGCGCACAUUCGCCUCAUCGAUCGGACGAUUCGCUGCACGAAACUGGCCAUGUUUACCCUUGGCAAGGCAAGGACAAGCGCGAGGUCCUCCGCUUUAUUGGCCGUGCGACCUUCGCUGUGUGCGAGAGGUUACUGGUGUUCGCGGGCUUCAUGCAGGUCGUUUCGGGCAUCGUGGUUUACACUGGUGGCUGCCGGGGAGGCUACAUCAAUGUAUGUCUCGCUCAUCUUAUCAAGGGUGGCAUUUUCUGGUGCUAUGGGCUCGUAACAUUCGCUCGAUUCCUGGGAUCCUUCUCAGAGCUCGGCUGGGCAUGGAACCGCGCCCCGCGCCACCACGGAAAAUACCCCACAGCCGAGUUCACCGAAUCGCUCGUCAUCUUCCUCUACGGCGUCACGAACACCUGGAUGGAGCGAUUCGGCGUGAGCCCCGGCGCGCCCUACACGACCAAGCAGAUCCAGCACAUCAGCAUCGCCGUCAUGUUCUGGUUCGCCGGGCUCGUCGGCAUGGGCAUCGAGUCCAAGCGCAUCCGGCGCUGGCUCGCGGCCGGGGCGACCGCUGCGGUCCCCGUCACCGGCCGUCACCAGGAGGCCGUCGCGGAGCCCCCGAGCUACAUCGCGAGCUACAACCCUUUCCCGGCGCUGUGCAUCGGGAUCACGGGCGCGGCGAUGGCCGCGCAUGCGCAGACGUACCUCUUCCAGGUGCAGAUCCACAUGGUCUGGGGCAACCUGCUCGCUGGGUUCGCGGUGCUGCGCUGCCUGACGUACUUCUUUCUCUGGCUUGGGCCUCCGCGCUCGAUCCUCCCGUCGCGACCCCCGACUGAGGCGCUCGCUGCGUUCCUGCUUGCGUGUGGAGGCCUCGAGUUCAUGUUCUCGACGGAGGAGUUGACGGUCGCGGCGAUGCGCCAGGGACACGACGACGUGAUGAUGUUCCUCAACGCGGGCGUCGCGAUCACGUGUCUGGCGUUCUGCUGGGUGCUGCUUGUCGUCGGUCUCAAGGGAUGGUUGAAGAGCCACUCGCAAAAGAACAUGAACUUCCACUCCUCAGCUUAG